AUGGCAAGUCAGCCCAGAGCCAGGCGUUCCUGCUGUCCCCAAGUGUCCUCUGAACGCUCUAUCCUGCGAAGAAUUCUUACUUAUGAGUUAACAACAUAUCCUGAAAAAGACCAGUACACGGCCCUUGCAGAGCCAGCUGGGGCUGUUCUCAUAAACCAAGAAGCUAUGCCUGCGGAUCAGGUGACAUCUACAGCAAGCUCUCAGCUGACAGGUGACAAUGAUAGCGCCGAGCCAUUACUCCCUGAUUGCCAGAAGACAACAGUCAUGGAAAGCAAGGUGAUAGUCUCCAAUGAAGGCAGCCAGAUAAACACCCCCUGUGGUAAUCAGCUAGCAACACCUCUAGAAGGCCAGGAGAUGAGCUCCAGUGAUGACAAAACCUCAAGUGAGGACAGUCGAAACACUUCUGGGGGUGACUCGGCCUCCAGCAUUGACCAUACUUACCACCUCCAUAGUGACCAGAACAGCAGUGGCAGUCAGAUGAGAACUGCCAGUGGUGAACAGACCAUCUGUAGUGAUCAGGUGACAAUCGGUGGUGACCAGACCAUCUAUGGAGAUCAGGUGACAACUGGUAGUGACCAGACCAUCUAUGGAGAUCAGGUGACAACUGGUAGUGACCAGACCAUCUAUGGAGAUCAGGUGACAACUGGUAGUGACCAGACCAUCUAUGGAGAUCAGGUGACAACUGGUAGUGACCAGACCAUCUAUAGAGAUCAGGUGACAACCGGUAGUGACCAGACCAUCUGUAGAGAUCAGGUGACAACUGGUGGUGACCAGACCAUCUAUAGACAUCAGGUGACAACCUACGGUGACCAGACCAUCUAUAGAGAUCAGGUGACAACUGGUGGUGACCAGACCAUCUAUAGAGAUCAGGUGACAACCGGUGGUGACCAGACCAUCUAUAGAGAUCAGGUGACAACCGGUGGUGACCAGACCAUCUAUAGAGAUCAGGUGACAACCGGUGGUGACCAGACCAUCUAUAGAGAUCAGGUGACAACCGGUGGUGACCAGACCAUCUAUAGAGAUCAGGUGACAACCGGUGGUGACCAGACCAUCUAUAGAGAUCAGGUGACAACCGGUGGUGACCAGACCAUCUGUAGAGAUCAGGUGACAACUGGUGGUGACCAGACCAUCUAUAGACAUCAGGUGACAACCUACGGUGACCAGAAAGCCAGUGGAAGUCAGAUGAGAACUGCCGGUAGUCACCAGACCAUCUAUAGGCAUCAACUGACAACUUAUGGUGACCAGAAAGCCAGUGGGAGUCAGAAGAGAACUGCCAGUGAUGCCCAGACCAUCUAUAGACAUCAGGUGACAACCUAUGGUGACCAGAAAGCCAGUGGAAGUCAGAAGAGAACUGCCCGUAGUCACCAGACCAUCUAUAGGCAUCAGGUGACAACCUAUGGUGACCAGAAAGCCAGUGGGAGUCAGAUGAGAAGUGCUGGUGGUGACCAGACCAUCUAUAAACAUCAGGUGACAGCCUAUGGUGAUCAGAAAGCCAGUGGAAGUCAGAAGAGAACUGCCCGUAGUCACCAGACCAUCUAUAGGCAUCAGGUGACAACUUAUGGUGACCAGAAUGUCUACAGAAAGAAGAUGAAAACUCUCAGUGGUGGUCAGACCUAUGAUAAGGGUCAAAUGACAUUCUCCAGUGGUAGCCAGCCUUUCUAUGGAAGUCAGAUGACAAAUCUCAGUGGGGACCUGAUCAUAUCUGCAGGUCAGACCAUACCACCUGACACCAACCAGACUCUCUAUGGGAGUCAGAUGGCAUCCCUCUAUGGCAACCAAACUCUCUAUGGUGGUCAAAUGACAAACCCCAAUGAUGACCAGACCUUCCAUGAGGGUCAGACAAUGCCCCGCCAUGGUAACCAAGUGGACUAUAGAAGUCAGAUGACAGCCCACAGUGUUGACUACACCUACUAUGCGAAACAGAUGACAUCCUAUGAUCAUAACCAGACUCUCUAUGGGGGUCAAAUGUCAAUGCUAGAUGGUAACAUGGCCUUCUCUGAAGGCCAGACAGCAACCCCCAGAAGUGAUCCAACCUUCUGUGGCAUGAAGAUGACAACUCCCAAUGCUGACCCAACCUUUCGUGGCAUGCAGAUGGCAACCCCCAACGCUGACCCAACUUUGUGUGGCAUGCAGAUGGCAACCCCCAAUGCUGACCCAACCUUCUAUGGCAUGCAAAUGGCAACCCCCAACGCUGACCCAACCUUCCAUGGCAUGCAGAUGGCAACCCCCAACGCUGACCCGACCUUCCAUGGCAUGCAGAUGGCAACCCCCAACGCUGACCCGACCUUCUAUGGCAUGCAGAUGGCAACCCCCAACGCUGACCCAACCUUCCAUGGCAUGCAGAUGUCAACCCCCAACGCUGACCCGACCUUCCGUGGCAUGCAGAUAGCAACCCCCAACGCUGACCCGACCUUCCGUGGCAUGCAGAUGACAACCCCCAACGCUGACCCGACCUUCCGUGGCAUGCAGAUGACAACCCCCAACGCUGACCCGACCUUUCGUGGCAUGCGGAUGUCAACCCCCAAUGCUGACCCGACCUUCCGUGGCAUGCGGAUGGCAACCCCCAACACUGACCCGACCUUGCGUGGCAUGCAGAUGUCAACCCCCAAUGUUGACCCGACCUUCCGUGGCAUGCGGAUGUCAACCCCCAACGCUGACCCGACCUUCUGUGGCAUGCAGACAGCAACUCCCAACACUGACCCAACCUUGCGUGGCAUGCAGACGUCAACUCCCAAAGCUGACCCGACCUUCAGUGGCAUGCAGACGGUAGCCCCCAAUGCUGACCCAACCUUUGGUGGCAUGCAGACGGUAACUCCCAAUGCUGACCCAACCUUUGGUGGCAUGCAAAUGGCAACCCCUAACGGUGACCAGACCUUUCAUGUCAUGUAG